AUGAUGAGAAUAAUAAACCCUGAGUUAGGGUUUUGCCUGCAGAGCAGUGAUGGUGUUAUCAAACAAGAAGCUAAAGCAGAAGCUGAGAGAAGGAAAGGCAGAAUCUUUAACUGCAGCAGUAUCUGGUGGAUCAAACCCUAACGGCAAGGAAUCAUCAACAGACCAAGAAGGCAAUCCGCAGCUUCAAGAGCUUCUGGAGGCAGCAAAACAGAGGCCCAAAUUGUCAAAGAGGGAGAAAAGAAGGAAGACCCUCUCUUUUCAAGGAUUAGAUAGUGCACACAAGAGUCUAAAUGAGGGCAGUGGCAAAAAGAUCGAAAGAAGUGAGGAGAGAAAUGAAGAGGAUUUAGUGGCUGAGGGAGAUGAUGAUGAAAAUGAUGAAAAAACGAAAAGGAAGAAGAAGAAAAGAAAGAGAGAGGAAGGAGAAAGUGAAGAAAAGGGUUUAGUGGAAGAUGGAGCAGUGAAGGAGGCAAAGAAGGCAAAUAAGAAGAAAAAGAAACAGAAGAAAAAGAAGAAAAAAUCCAAGAGUGUUGAGGAGAAGCUAGAUGUUGAGGCAGAAAAGGUAGCAGAGGAAACAAAAGUUAUCAGUAAAAGUCAAAUUAAUGAGGAUGUAGCUACAAAAGUUUAUGUUGGAGGUAUUCCAUAUUACUCGACCGAGGAUGACAUUCGAAGUUACUUUGAGGGCUGUGGCACCAUAACUGAGAUUGAUUGUAUGAAGUUUCCUGACAGUGGGAAGUUUAGAGGAAUUGCCAUAAUUAGUUUUAAGACUGAAGCUGCAGCUAAACGGGCCUUGGCUCUUGAUGGAUCUGACAUGGGUGGAUUCUUUCUGAAAAUUCAGCACUUUAAGACAACCCGAGCCAACAGAGUGCCUGAUUUUGCACCAAAAGUUGUCGAGGGUUACAAUAGGAUCUAUGUUGGAAAUUUGUCGUGGGAUAUUACUGAGGAUGACCUGAAGAAUUUUUUCUCUGAUUGCAACAUAUCAUCUAUACGUUGGGGAACUGACAAGGAAUCAGGAGAAUUCCGAGGAUAUGCUCAUGUGGAUUUUUCUGAUAACCUCUCAUUGUUGAUGGCACUAAAGUUGGAUCAGCAGAUUGUAUGUGGACGACCCAUCAAAAUAAGUUGUGCAGUUCCUAUGAAAGGAGGAAAAAUACGCCCAACUUCUGCAACCGUAGCCAUAGAAAAUGAAGCUCAUAAUACUGUAGAUGCUAAUGUUGCACCAUCAGUCAAAAAUAGCGAAGCUGAAAAUAAUGGGUUGGUUGCAAGCAGUGGUAAGAUAAGGAGGAGGACCUGCUAUGAGUGUAAUGAGAAAGGUCACAUUUCUUCAAAUUGCCCAAAGAAGCAAGCUGCUGAAACAAAUUCAAAUGCGAGCUAAUAUUUGGAGAACAUUCAACUCUGUAUCCAGAUUUUAUUGGGGUCCCUAAUCCCCAUUGAUAUUCAUUGCUUUUCCAUUUAUACACCGUUGCUGUUACACUUUUGUAUUCUGAGAUUUUAUCUGUUAAAUCAGUCUGAGUCAAAUGAUCCUUUAUUUUCUUAAGGAUCUUGUUUUGUAAUUUUCCUGUCAUGUAACAACAGCUGUUUAUUUCCUGAGGUUAUGAUUCUGGAAAAUUGCAGCAUGAAGAUAUCAGAUGGAAACUGGUGCCAA